AAUGACGUCAUAUCCGUUAGGAAGAAAAUAUCGGUCAAGAAAAGUGUUUAACAUUUCUGUUACAAACACACUUUCUGUAUGGACAGUAUUGUUGUCAUUGAAUAAAGUCAACGGCAGUCCGCUCUGCGAAUACUCUGUACAUAGAACUCAACUGCGUAGCUAACCUGCCUGCCGAUAUCUGCCAUGCCAUUGACAUUGUUCGGUAAAUCCCAGAAGUCUCCCUCGGAGCUGGUCAGGGCUCUACGGGAUGGACUGCUGGCCCUGCAGAAAGAGACUGGAGAGAAGAAACUGGACAAGGCGACAGAAGAUGUGUCUAAGAACCUUGGUCUGAUCAAGAAUCUUCUGUACGGCACUGAGAGCCAGGAGCCACAGACGGACCUGGUUGCCCAGCUGGCCCACGAGGUGUACGACUGCAACAUGCUCUACAUGCUGGUACAGAACCUCGUCAAAAUAGACUUUGAGGGCAGGAAGGAUGUGGCUCAGAUCUUCAACAAUCUGCUGCGACGUCAGAUCGGCACACGCAACCCCACCGUGGAGCACCUUGUAUCCAGGAAGGAGAUUGUCCUGGAACUCAUGAAGGGGUAUGAAAGUCAAGAGAUAGCCCUGAACUGUGGUAUGAUGUUGAGAGAAUGUUGUCGCUAUGAACAGCUGGCCAAGAUCAUGCUCUGUGAUGAACAGUUCUAUAACUUCUUCACGUAUGUCGAGGUGUCCACGUUUGAUGUCGCCUCCGAUGCCUUCUCCACUUUCAAGGAGCUGUUGACGCGGCACAAGAUUCUGGCUGCAGGCUUCCUAGAGCAGAACUAUGAGCGUGUGUUUGAACCCUACCAGAGACUCCUUAUCUCAGAGAACUAUGUCACACGCAGACAGGCUCUCAAGCUGUUGGGUGAGCUGUUGCUGGACCGCCACAACUUCACGAUCAUGACGCGCUACAUCAGUAACCCUGACAACCUAAAGAUGAUGAUGAACAUGCUGAGAGAGAAGAGUAGGAACAUACAGUUUGAGGCCUUCCAUGUCUUCAAGGUGUUUGUGGCCAACCCUAACAAGCCAAAGCCCAUCCUGGACAUCUUGCUGAGAAACAAAGAGAAACUGGUCGACUUCCUCACCAAGUUUCACACCGACCGCUCGGACGAUGAACAGUUUAACGAUGAAAAAGCCUAUCUUAUUAAGCAAAUUAAGGAAUUGAAAUCAGCAGAAGAAACGUAACAGUGGUUGGUGCCUAGGAGGGUGAAUACUUUCAAUACAAUGUUUGUGAUAGUUUUCUUUAAUAUAUCUAUAAAUGUGUUUUACAGUGCAUUUGGUUGCUGCGAAGACGAAAAACAAGCUUGAAUUUUAAGAACUUGAUAUAUUCUCACUGAGAAUUGUUCUCUGUGGUUUGAAUACGUAUUUGAAAGUGUUGAGGGAAAAUGGGGCUCAAUGCAUCUUAUGUCCAGUGUUUUUACCUACAUUUUCGGUAUCAAGAAAUUUGCUUCAAAAUGCAAGUUCACUGUAGGCUUAAGGACACUUUGCACACUUGCAUUGAGACUGGCUUUCCCACGACACGCUUUAGGCGAUUGUACUUCCCUCCAACUAGAUACGUGUGCCUAUAGUUUGACCUGUGUGCUAUCAAUGUAGUUCACAGUUUGUUCCCCACUACAUGUAAACUUCCUAUUACAGUUGCAGUGAAACUUGUAUUACUUGUGGUAACAGUUUUCAGUUUACAUAAGUCUUGAUUCUGUUUUAAAAGUACUGUUAAAUCAUUAUUAUUUGUUGGACAUUAAUUGUCGGAAAAUGACAGACGCAACUUUCUCAUUUUCCAAAAUUAGAAAUCAGCGAAGUAUGUGCCUUUUUUUAAACCACUAAAUUAUAUGCUGUUUAAUAUAA